AUGCCCAUUCAUAGGCAAUCUGAAAUGCGGCCCAUAAAUCAAGGUAUUAAUACUGCAAAUAUAAAUAUAAAUCAAGAUAAUCAUAUAGAUUCAAAUGAAAACAUUCAUUAUAAUCAUAUAGAUCAUAUAGAUCAUACAAAUCAUCAACAACAACAACUCCCCCAUACACAUUAUCCUGAUUAUAAUAUGAUUUCAAAUCAAGAUCAAAUUCAAAAUCAUUAUCCUUUACAAUAUCCAUUACAAUAUUCAAAUAAUGAUAGAUUUCAAAGAGCAAUGUUAACUCCUUUACCUCCUCCACCAAUUCAUCCUCAAAGAGAUAAUCAUGAUAAUAAUGACAUCCACAACACUGCUCCUUUACCUCCUCGUCAUUUAUAUAGAAGAGGAAAUUUUAAUCAAGAUUUACCUUCAAGAUCUUCUACGUUAAGUGUUAAUAGAGAUACUGGUAAUGUUUCUUAUUCAACUUUUACAAAUGAUUCUAUUCAUUUAAAUAAUUCUAUAUUAAGAAGAGUUAUUCAACCUCAAUCAAAUUUUAAUCAUCAUCAAUUAAUUAAUCCAUCUUUUGCAAAUUCAAAUGAAUCUCAUACAAUACAGAAUCAAAAUACCAAUAGAAAUCAUAGUAAUAAUAACAACAAUAAUGCUUCAACUUUUAAUUUCUUAAAUGAUAUAAAUAGAUUAUCUUCACAAUCUUUAUAUAAUGAUUUAAAUCAUGAACAAAUCUUGGAACAACAAAAUCAUCAAAGAAAUUUAAGAAAUCCUUUAUUUCAAAAUCAUUAUGAUCAUUCAAUACCAAUAAAUUUAUCAAGAUCAACAAAUUUAAAUUUAAAAUUUAAUGAAUUUUUGAAAUAUAGAAGAGAAAAGGGUAAAUUAUAUAAUGAUUAUCAAAUUGGAAAUUCCAAAAAAAGACAUAUAGAUGAUGAUCAUAAACCAUUUGAUGAGUUCCAAUUCCCAAUAACAAGAUGUCAACCAUGUUCAUUUAUAAAAUCUGGUUUUAUAUUCAAUUUAAAAAACUCAAAACCAAAUGAAAUCCCUUUUAAUUUAUCAUUUAUUUCAAUUAAUUAUAAUGAACAUUUAAUUAAAGGUAAUUUCCAUUUUGAACAUUUAUAUUUAAUGAAUCAUUGGUUAUCAGAAAUUGCACCAAAUGAUAAUAAAAUUAUAUCAAAUAAUAAUAUGAAUUCAUUUAAUUUUAUUGGUGAAAUUAUUGAUUUUGAAAAAAAAGAUUUAAGAUUUAAUUCAAAUUUUAUAAAUAAUGAUAUUAACUUGAAUUCAAAUGAUGAAAAUUUUAGAUCAAAUGAAAAUUUAAAAUUAAUUUAUAAUGAUUGUAUCAUUAAAAAACAAUUACAAAAAUGGAAAUUUUUAAAACCUUUUAAAAAUUUAAAAAUUAAUGAUUUAAUUUCAAUUUUAAAUUGUAAUAAAUGUUUAACAAAAUUACAAGAAAAUUAUAUAUUAAUUAAAAUUUUCAUUGAUAAUGAUAUACAAGAAGAUGAAGAAGAUAAACAACCAAUUUUAUUAGGUUGUGUUGAUAGGAAAACUGGUGAUAUUGAAUUGAUUUCCACUCAAGGUAGACAAAAAUCAAUUAUUGAAGAUUAUUUAAAUAAUAAUCAUAAUGGUAAUCAUCAUUUAAAUGAAGAUGAUUUAAAAUUUAAUAAUUAUUCAAAUAAUGAAGAAGUUAUUAAAUUAUCAAUGAAAUGUAAAAAAUAUGUUUCACCAAGUUUAAAGUUUUGCUGA